GAGGAAAAUGUAACAGCAGAGCAUGAAAUUCGUUCAAGAAAAUCCAAGCGCGUCGUGAUUUUUACUAAUAACCAGGCAAACGCCGAUACUUAUACUAAUACCAAGGAUGCUAAUGAUCCUGAUCAAACAGACGAAGUGGCUUUGAUACGCUAUUCGCAACAAUCGGAUUUUCGGCGCGACAUAAUAAAGGGUUCCAUGCGUGCCCAAAGGCGUAAAACAAUUACUUGGGAGCUGUUUCAAGCAAAUGUACAUUCCCCCCUUUUUUUGGACAGAGUAGACAAACCACUCUUUUUUUCUUUUGAUAUUUCUGGACCGCUGAAACGAAUAUCUCGAAAUUGGAUAUGUAAAAACAAAGAAUCAAAAAUUUCUGAUUAUACAGAAAAAAAGAUCGAGAAAAAAGACGAGGCCAAAAGAGAAAAAUACAAAAGAGAAAGAAAAUGAGGAUAGAAAUAGCAGAAGCUUGGGAUAGUCUUUUACUUGCUCAAGUAAUAAGGGGCUCCGUGUUAAUAACCCAAUCAAUUCUUAGAAAAUAUAUUAUAUUACCUUCACUGAUAAUAGUUAAAAACAUUGCCCGUAUGUUAUUAUUUCAAUUUCCUGAGUGGUCUGAGGAUUUAACGGAUUGGAAUCGAGAAAUGCAUGUUAAAUGCACUUAUAAUGGUGUUCAAUUAUCCGAAACAGAAUUUCCAAAAAACUGGUUAACAGACGGUAUUCAGAUAAAGAUCCUAUUUCCUUUUUGCCUGAAACCUUGGCACAGAUUUAAACUACAACCCUCUCAUAAAGAUCCAAUGAAAAAAAAGAAAGGUCAAAAGAAUGAUUUUUGCUUUUUAACAGUUUGGGGAAUGGAAACUGAACUACCUUUCGGCUCUCCUCGAAAACGGCGUUCGUUUUUUGAGCCUAUUUUUAAAGAACUAAAAAAAAAAAUAAAAAAAUGGAAAACGAAAUGUUUUAUAGCUUUAACAAUUUUAAAAGAAAAAACUAAAUUGUUUCGAAAAGCUUCAAAAGAAACAAAAAAAUGUAUCACUCAAAGCAUUCUAUUUCUAAAAGGAAUAAUAAAAGAACUUUCAAAAAUAAAUCCAAUUCCAUUUUUUGGGUUGAGAGAACCAUAUGAAUUGGGCGAAACUAAAAAGGAUUCGAUAAUCAGUAAUAAGAUGAUUCACAAAUCAUCCCUUCAAAUUCAAUCUAUGGCGUGGACAAAUUAUUCAUUAACCGAAAAAAAAAUAAAAGAUCUGACUAAGAGAACAAACACAAUCAAAAAUCAAAUACAAAAAAUUCUAAUUAUAAAAGACAAGAAAAACGAAUUUCUAACUCAAGAAAUAAAUAGUAGUUCUAACAAAAUAAGUUAUCAGGAUAAAAUAUUAGAAUCAUCAAAAAAAUUUUGGCAAAUAGUAAAAAGAAGAAAUAUUCGAUUAAUCCGGAAAUUCUAUUUUUUUAUAAAUUUUUUCAUUGAAAAGAUAUACAUGGAUAUUCUUCUAUAUAUCAUUAAUAUUCCAAGAACCAAUACCCAACUUUUUCUUGAAUCAACAAAAAAAAUGAUUGAGAACUUCAUUCACAAUAAUGAAGCAAAUCAAGAAAGAAUUAAUAAAACAACUAAAAAUACAACUCAUUUUAUUUCAACUAUAAAAACCUCACUUUCUUCACUUUCUAAUAUUAGUAUUAGAAAUAAAAAUGAAAAAGCUUUUUGUGACUUAUCCUCCCUCUCACAAGCAUAUGUAUUUUACAAAUUAUCACAAACCCAAGUUAUUAGUUUUUAUAAAUUCAAACCUAUCCUUCAAUAUCAUGGAACAUCUCUUUUCUUAAAAAUGAAAUAA